AUGUCCGACUGCAGUGAAGGACCGGCUGGAAGUUUGGCGCGCAUCGGAGACUACGACGAAUGUUUGGACGCUUCCGAUCGAACCGACAACGACGAGACACCCGUCACCAAGCAGUCGUCAGAAAUCGCAUCCAUUGACACGAACAAAGUCGCCGUUGCCGAAGCAUCGCCACCAAAUCGGAGAAAACACCGGAAGAGCCAGUGCCAGCCACGAUAAAAAAAAGACACUAAUGACAAGGACAGUGAGAAAGCUGACGACGAGGAUAGCAACCAGACAGAUGACAAUGAUAGCAGCGAGGCUGAAGACGUCGAGAUGACGGAAGAAGACAAUAAGAAAAAGGGAGAUGUGGAAGUGAAGGAAGAGGACGUCGAGGACAAGGAGCCAGAGGUGAAAAUUCAGAUGGAAGACUUUGAGAUGGAAGAGGAGAGCUCCGACACUUCACAAAAGGACGAUAACAUUUCGCCGAGUUCUUUUGACGCCGAUCUCGUGAAAGAAGUUAUGAAAACCGAGGAAGAAGAAGACGAGGCUGCUGAAUCGAGUGACAAGGUGCAUAAAAAGAGAAGUUCCAAGGACAGCGAAUGCUCAUCCAGUGAGGACAGCAGUGGAGGCAGCACCAGUGAAUCAGAGUACUCUGACAAUGACCACGCGACUGAUGCUCCGUCAAACGCCACGAAGCAGCCGAAUCCUUGGGAAACUCUGAAGAGGGUGAGAAUCAUUGUCUGAACCAAAAUGAUAAAACCUUUGUUUCUCUUUCAGAAGCCAGUCAAUGGCAUUGUCCAGCCACGUACUAGUCCACCAACGGGAAAGCCAACUCGUCACACGAACUGCCUCGACUUUGUUCUUUUCACAAUCGUCAGAAAGACCUUGAUGCAUAAACUGUCUUGGCCAUUCCAUUCUCCCGUCGAUUCCGAAUCGCUCGACAUUCCAGACUAUCACGACAUAAUCUCCAAGCCAAUGGACUUUCGUACAAUCGAAAGACGUCUACGAAAUCUUUAUUACUGGAGUGCCGCCGACGCUAUCAAGGUUUGUUGAAGUUUUAGAGAUGAAACAGACUUUAAACUAUGAACCUUCUGAAUGCUUCAAAAGAUGCCGUUGUGAUGACGCCACAAGUUCCACCAUAUAUUAUUAAUUUCUUCUUGCUUUGAAGAGAACCCCAGUACGGUUUUCCGAACUCUUCCAUCUUUUUGUUCUGUUUGAUCCGCAUUCUGAAUUUCAUUUCGUAACUGGGCCCCUGAAAACACAAACUCUACACACACCAAAGUUAAUUUAAAAAAAGAAUUGGUAAUUUUAGGACAUCAAAAAGGUGUUCGCCAACACCUAGACCAUCACCGUCAAGGCUUCUUUCUUGCUUCCAGUAGCGCCGGAUGGACGCAAGGACCGUUAGGAAGACGGAGCACUCAUCGGCGUGCGGUGAAUGAGCGCCGUCAACAUGAGGGAAGAGUCAACGUGGUGGAUGGCGAGAGGAACUACGAUGCCGCCGAAAAGGACGUUCAGUAG